AUGGCCUCACUUCGGCCGGACCCCGGCAAGCAGCAGUCAAUACCUCCGACACUGUCGGACACCUCGACCGUGCCAACCCCUAUGGCCAUCAUCAUCGUUCACCGCAACGGCGUCCCCACCGGCAUCCUUGUGCCGGCUACUGGCAUCAUCCGCCAACCUCACCCAACCUCAUCCCAAAACGACUCUGCCUCCGACACCACCGAGUGCCCGGUUGACCCACUGCUCACUGCGCUCCAGCUACGGUCAACAUGUGCAGCGGACAAGUUCCUGGCUCGCCAUGAUGGCCACACAACCAAACGGGCUAAUCCUCGGUGGCCAUCCAUAAGUCAGAACACCCUGAUCUGUAAGAGAACAUCCUCACUGCCCUGUCAGUCAGGUAGCAGCAUCCUGCUAGUUAUGUAG